AUGGGGUGCGCGAAGUUAUUUGCAGCGUUGCGUCGCUGCAAACAAUUUGAAGAUGGUGACACUACGACGCAGUUAUCCAGGUGCUUGGGUCUCCUGGAUCUUACAGCACUUGGUGUUGGGAGUACGCUAGGACUUGGAGUGUACGUUUUAGCUGGAGCAGUUGCUAAGACUGUUGCGGGCCCAGCUGUGACUCUCAGCUUCCUGGUGGCGGCCAUCGCAUCUGCAUUUGCUGGUCUGUGCUACGCAGAAUUCGCAGCAAGAGUUCCUAAAGCAGGAUCAGCGUACGUGUACAGCUACGUCAGUGUUGGCGAGUUCAUAGCUUUCACGAUAGGAUGGAACCUUAUCUUGGAGUACGUGAUAGGCACAGCUAGCGUUGCUAAAGGCAUGGCGAACUACAUAGACAGCCUCUUCAACAGUACCAUGGCUAAAACCAUGACGGCAGUGGCGCCAAUAAACGUGUCAUUUCUCGCCGAUUAUCCCGAUUUCUUCGCGUUCACUUUGGUACUUCUGAUUACGAUUCUCCUCUGCGUGGGCGUUAAAGAAUCGACGAAAUUGAACAACGUGUUCACUGCUCUCAAUAUGGCGACCGUCGUGAUUGUUGUUGUAGCUGGCUCUAUUAAAAGCGAUCCGGCGAACUGGAGGAUACAAGUUAAGGACAUACCAGAAGAGUAUCGCGAACAAGCAGGCGAAGGAGGUUUCAUGCCGUGGGGUUUGGCUGGCGUCAUGGCUGGAGCCGCUAAGUGCUUCUUCGGCUUUGUGGGCUUCGACUGCGUGGCCACAACUGGCGAAGAAGCCAAAAACCCGAAAAGGGACAUACCAUUGUCAAUCGUGGUUUCUUUGGUCGUGAUCUUCGUGUCAUACUUCAGCAUUGCCACUGUCUUGACGAUGAUGUGGCCGUACUAUCUGCAGGACGCAGACGCGCCCUUCCCCUACGUGUUCACGCAGACAGGCAUGCCGGUAAUCAUGUGGAUAGUGACGGUGGGCGCCGUGUUCGCGCUGUGCACGAGCCUCCUGGGCGCGAUGUUCCCGCUCCCACGCGUGCUGUACGCGAUGGGCUCAGACGGUGUACUGUUCCGCCCCCUGUGCAAAAUCAAUGCCCGUACUAAAACGCCACUGCUGGCGACUUUACUAAGUGGAUUGUUUUCUGCGAUAAUGGCGGCUAUAUUUAACUUAAAUCAACUAAUAGACAUGAUGUCUAUAGGAACUCUCCUGGCGUACACAAUAGUUGCGACCAGCGUACUGAUUCUCAGGUAUGAGGAAGAUAGUCGGCUAAUCAUGAACGGCAUCAAGGCGGUCCCAGACACUGCGUUCAGUGUAAUCAAACAGACUUUCAACUUACUUGGUCUGAAGCACCCCAACUCUCUAUCGUUUGAAAUCGCCAAGUGGACCAUCGGAUUAUUUUUUGUCGUUGCGCUGGCGACCUGUGCUCUGAUGCGCUGGUCGGGCGGCGACGUGGCCGUCAUCUGUUGCGGCGUGUUGCUGGUGCUACUGCUGGUGGUUCUGUACCGGCAGCCGCGCGCCAGUGUACAGCAUCUUACCUUUAAGGUGCCUCUAGUGCCACUUGUUCCAUACUUGAGUGUCUGCAUGAACGUGUACCUGAUGAUGCAGCUGGACUACCAGACCUGGGUGCGGUUCAUCAUAUGGCUAGCGAUCGGUUACGCGAUCUAUUUCUUCUACGGCAUCAGGAACAGUUCUCUGAGUGAAAAGAAAAUAGUGACAGAAAAGGAUAACGGAAAGACAGAGAACGAAAAACAAGUGAUCACAAAGUUUUAAAUAAUUGCAAAUAUUAUUGUUGUAAAUUAAGUGAUUUUGUAAUUAAAACAGGUUGAUUUAGGUUUAAGAUUUAAGAAGUAGCCCGCCGAUAACAAAUUAAUGACUAAAUUAGACUAAACGGAAAUAUUUAUAUGUGACUUGAUUUUGAACGUAAAAUA